AUGCCCAAGAAGGCUGGCCCCUCCCUCCUCUGCGAGUGGAUGGUGGGAACAACCAUCAAAUCAGCUCUUGGUCCACCUCCUAAACCGCCAAAACCUAAAGCCAAGAGGCGCGACAUUAUCAAACUUCACGUGACGACGGAUGAUGAGUCCGGCGAAGACACCCUCACAGUGACUUACCCUCGAUCCGAGAGGCUAAGGGAAAAGACGGAGACACCAGCUGAAGUAUCUAAAGCGCCAGAACCCCAGCCUGAGCCUGAAUCCCAGUCGGAGCCUGAGGUGGUGGAAGUGGUAAAAAAGGUUCGGUUCGAAAAAGAGGCAACCCCGAAGAAGUCUGCCUUGAAAAAGAAGACAUCAGUCACAUUCUGUGAGGAGGAAGAAUCUAGUGCCGAAGUCACCUCUACCUCUGCUUCAUCUGGAGAGGCAACUCCCGAUGCCAGUUCCUCCAAUGCGAGUUCAGCUGCUGAAACAUCAUCUGCAGAAGAUACUUCUUCCGGAAGUUCUUCUAUUUCAGCCAAAGCGUCAAAGUCGACAAGGUCUCCCAAGAGCAAGAAAUUGGAAAAGCGAGUUCAGAGCUCAGAUAGCGAGGCCGAUUCUGAGCCUCAUCCAACGUGUGAAUGCAAAGAAUGCGCCUCAGGAAGAAAGAAGCAGAAGCAAGGGGCUACCUGCGAGAAGAAGAAGUGUAAAAAGAACGACAAAAAGAAGAAGGAAACAGAGUCCGAGUCCGAGACCUCGGUAUCCGAAGCAGAGUCUUCGGUUGAAGAGAAGCCUACACCAUCCAAGAAGCCUAAAGAAAAGAAGAAGGAAAAAAAGAAGGCUGAAGUCUCCAGCGCCGAAGGAGAAACCUCGGAGUCAGCAAAAGAAACUGAAGGCGAAUCUGAAGCAGUUGUGAAGAAAACACCCGAGAAGAAGAAAAAGACUCAAAAUAGUGACAAGACGGAAAGGGCUGAAAAGAAGACGAGCAGUCCAAAGGGUGAUGAGAAAAAGAAAUCUGACGAAGCAAAGGAGCCCGAGAAAGAAAAAGAAAAGGAAAAGGAAGCAGAGGAGGCCACGUCCGAAAAAACACCGACAGGGAAAGGAAAAGAAAAAGAAGUUGAUGAUACUACUCCCAAGGCAAAGGAUAUGGAUCAGAGGUUACAUGUCACAGACGGCUAUCACUACACGCACUCUCGUCCCCCAAAUCUCAUUGCCCCCAUCCGCGCAGAAGUCAUGCAAACCGAGCGUGUGGUUGAAGGGCAAGAUGACCCUCCCCCAAAUGCAUACUAUGAUGCUCUACACGGUGUUCUUCGCGUAUAUCAUGGAUCCGUGUAUGGGCAGAAUGGGCAUCACAUGUUUGCUCCUCGAGAAAAUGCUACUGGGCUCCCGCAGUCUUUUGGCAAUUCGAAUCAAACGCAAAACCCGUACUAUCAUGGCUACAACAACAUAAUGCCGAUGCCAGUACCCCAACAGCAACCACCGCCGCAUGGAUAUGAGCAUGUGCCGAUUACGCAAGGCCUGCCAAUACCAGGUUGGAAUGCCAUGGCACCGCCUCCUGGUUACCCACCGUACAACUACCAAGGGCUGCCUCCGAUGCCUGCGCCCUGGUACGAGCAGCACCUUGACAAACAAGGAACCAAAGGCGCAUUCAGCAUGUACAAUGGCAUGGGCGGCACACCUGAUAGAAAAGGAAGAAGUAAGGCACGAGAACCAGACAAUAACGUGAUGCCAGAGGUGACAAAGCCAAACCCGUAUUAUACGAAAAGGCAGUCCCCCUUUAGCAACAUGGGUAGCAACCGAUCUGACGGUAAACCACCAUCUCAUUCUGGCCAAUCCAACUGUUCCAAAAACGGGAACAAAGAUACGGGUCCCAACUGGGAUACCGCUUCCCGAAGGAGCGUCGGAGCGUGGGCAAACAGCAGUAACCAUGGGGCUACAUGGGGUGAUGGCGGCGGCGAUACGAACAACAACCAGGGAGGUGGUGAUCGAUGGGGUUCUGGCGGUGGUGGCGGCAAUACAUGGGGCACGACAAACAAUAACAAUGAUCAAUGGGGCAGCAACGAUAAUAACAACAACACUGGAGCUGAUACAUGGGGAACUGGAGGUGGGAACGAUCAGAAUAAUCCGGGGGGCUGGGGUACUACCGAUAAUGGCAACAAUGGCGGUAACACCUGGGGCGAUGGAAAUAACGACAAUCAGCAGGCGAAUGAUAAUAAUGGCAACGGCGGUGGCCAGGGCCAAGGACAAAACUCUCCAACAGGGGGGAAUGACCCCCCUGCCUCCAUGGUGGACAACAAUGUUAUUCCUGUGGCUGCCGUAACAGGCCCGCCGGGUGAACAGGAGCAGUCCAAGAUGCCGGGAAGCUGGUGUUCAGAUGAUAAUGGACAAGCGGCGUUUGUGGAUCCAACGUGGUCAUCAUAUCAACCUCCGUCUGCGGUGCCUGCUUGGGGAGAUCCAUCGAUGGCAGCGAAUACGGGAGGAGCAGUGGACUGGUGA